AUGCGAAUAUUCUUCAAUCAGUUUCUCGGGGGAGAGAGUACUUCCGACUGCACUUCUAAAAUCAAGGAUCUGCGACACGGAGAGAUUGGCACCUUAUUGGGAUACAACAUUGAGGCUGAAUUAAAUGGAUCCAGCAAGGACACUCAAUUGAUCCUAGACCAGACACAGCACGUCCUAUCCUCUAUCGAUGUUCAAGCCCAACUGGCUCGGCAGUUUUGGCCUGAUUCCUACGCCUCUGCGACGAACGGGGAUAAUCGAUGCUGGGUGAGGAUUAAGGUUACCGGCUUGCUGCCGAAUCCAAGUGCCCUUCACAACGGUUCUAAGGCCAUUUUGAGGGCCAGACAAGAAAAAGGACUUGACAAAGAUGUUCCUUAUCCUGGGUUGCCACAUGAUGGGGAUUGGGAUUCGGCACUCGAUGGAAUGGAAGUUAGCGAUACUGACCGGAAUGAAUUGCUGCAACUCCGACAAGUCCUGGAAACCAUUGCCACUAAAGCUCGAGACAACAACGUACGCAUUGUUAUCGAUGCUGAACAGACUUGGUAUCAGCCAGUCAUUGAUAGCUUAACAGAUGAGCUUAUGCAAAAGUAUAACACGAUCGAUGGCCCUGCCACCUGCAUCGCUUCAUUUCAAGCUUAUCUCCGGCGGUACCCUCAGCUACUAGACCAACAGAUUCAACGAGCAAAAGACAAAGGAUACGUAUUGCUGUUCAAACAGGUUCGCGGCGCAUAUAUGGUUACUGAAAGCGCUCGAUGGAAAGAGCAAGGGUUUCAAGGGCCUGGUCCAGUUUGGGCGACCAAAGAGGAGACCGACGCCAGUUACAAUUACGGUAUCGAGAAAACCAUAUCGACCAUAGCCGGUGAGAUCGCUCAUACUGGACGCUCAAGUGUCGGUUUUGUAAUGGCGACACACAACUCAAUUAGUGUUGAUCUUGGUAUUCAACUGUUAGAGAAAUAUGGUUUAGCCAGGCGAGACAGUAGCGGGGAUCGGCUUGUGCUCUCGAAUACCGCUGCUGGUACCAUUGCUUUUGCUCAGCUUUAUGGUAAGGAAUACCUUCGAUCAAUUUUCUGUUCAUGUCUCUGA